GAUCUCACCUCCCGAGGAUCCAAAGGGUUCGCAAAAUCAAAGCCCCGUCUGCCACCGUGGAUCAUACCCCCACCCCUCCAAAAAUCACAUCCAACGGCCCGAUCGCCUAGUACCGCAUAUCAGAAAGCGGUUGGCAAAUUCGUAGGCUUGCAUUUGCAAGAGAGAGACUACAGCAUAGAGAGUCGCGUAGAGAGAGAGAGAGGCGAUGGAGAAGGAGAGAGAGCAACAGGUUUACUUGGCGAGACUUGCAGAGCAAGCCGAGCGAUACGAUGAGAUGGUUGAAGCGAUGAAGACAGUUGCUAAAUUGGACGUGGAGUUGACAGUGGAGGAGAGGAACCUGGUGUCUGUUGGGUAUAAGAAUGUUAUUGGGGCAAGAAGGGCAUCAUGGCGGAUAUUGUCUUCUAUUGAACAGAAGGAGGAGGCCAGAGGGAACGAGCAGAAUGUGAAGAGGAUAAAGGAGUACAGGCAGAGGGUUGAAGAUGAGCUUGCAAAGAUCUGCCAUGACAUAUUAUCAGUCAUUGACAAGCACCUCCUUCCAUCUUCCUCAACAGGGGAGUCGACUGUUUUUUACUAUAAGAUGAAAGGAGAUUACUAUCGAUAUUUAGCUGAGUUUAAAGGGAGUGAUGAUCGUAAGGAAGCUGCGGAUCAGUCACUGAAGGCCUAUGAGGCCGCUACAAGUACUGCUUCUUCUGAUUUGCCUCCAACUCAUCCCAUCAGACUUGGAAUGGCUCUAAACUUUUCUGUUUUUUACUACGAGAUUUUGAACUCCCCUGAGAGGGCCUGCCACCUGGCUAAGCAAGCUUUUGAUGAGGCUAUUGCUGAACUUGACAGUCUCAACGAAGAAUCCUACAAGGACAGUACCCUUAUUAUGCAGCUACUUAGGGAUAAUCUCACGUUGUGGACUUCAGAUCUGCCAGAUGAGGGAGGUGAGCAACCGAAAACUGAUGAAACUCAAGCGGAGAGUUAGUUGGAGAGAGUAAUUCUUUGAACCUGGGUUCGAUGAAGGAGGAAUGAUAGGGUUUCCUGCCGGACUUAUCUCCUCACUAGCUGUAGGACUGAGAUUUGUGACUAUUGGCUUGUAUUAAUUAUUAUCUGGUAUUCUAAAUAUUACAAUAUCUGCUACAUUUGUGAUUGUUAUGGAUAUUCUAUUGGCAUGAUUUACCUUGUCAAAGUUGCCCAUUAUGAACUUGAGCCGCAGGCUAUUAGGCUGCCUCCUACCUUUUCUGCUUA